AUGAGUCGGGACGGGAGCACGGAUCUCACAGCUCCGGGGCAGCCUGGCGGAUGUGUUGGUCUCCGAGCUCUAGCCCCUGUUCUCGUGGCUGCUCUGCCUGACACCCGUGUUCCUCUCAUGUUCCUUCUGCUUUGCGUCGCUGGCUGGCGCGAAGCAGAGCCCACGGGUGACUCUGGCACAGACCAGGACACAGGGUGGCAGCCAAUUGGCCAGAGUUCUGGCUUAGGCCGGCGGUGGGACCGUGAGCGAAGGAGAAGGGAGGCAGUAAGGUGCUCUGCUGGGGGUGCCUGUGAGAUGGACGGGGCACUGGAUUUAUCUAACGGCUUUGUGAGUGACGGAGGAGGGUGAACGCGGCAUGGGCUACAUUCGCUGCUGCUGACCUGGGAGGGGUUGGAGAACCAGUGAGAAGUGACACACAGGGGCCUUUGAGAUGCAAGUGUGGGGAAGGCCCAGCAGAGUGUGAGUGUCCCGUGGGGCACGGUCUCUGCCGGCGGGUGGGAAGUCAGCAUCCCCGGCCCUGAGGAGCCAGACUGCUCUGGAGGGAUGACACGGAGAGAAGUGGCUCCCGAGGGCAUGGCAGGAGCCGGGGAAAUGCCCCAGGGAGUUCACCACUAACAGAGCUUGGGUGUUUCUGGUUCGUCUCCUUGCUCUCUUGCUGAAUUCCCGCGUGGCCUGUCUGGCGCCCCAGGAGCUCGGCCAUGGCUGCGUGCCGAGCGUUCGAGGAGGGGGAGGGACUGUCGCACUGGGUCAGGCCAGGGGCCCUGUGGUGCGGGGUCUGACUGUGGCCAGUUGUUCCAAAGGAAGGGGCAGCGAUGGGAUCACCAGUCCCGGGGGGUGCUGGGAUUUGAAGAGGGAGAUCGUGUGGUGCCGGGAAGGGGGCAGGGGAAGGAAGGAGCUACAGAGGGCUGAGCACAGCACAGUUGUGGGCAUGGGCAGGGAGAGACACUGGGGAGCACACGGCCCUGGGUUACUGGGUCCCCAAUGCAUGGGGAGUUCAAAUCCUCACACUGCAAACAUGCCCCUCGUCCUCACCGCCUGGCCUGAGCCCGUGGAGGAGCCGUGUCUCUGGUUAAAGGCAGAUGCUGCCUGGGAAUUGGGUUCUGGAUCAUUCCUGCCACGCCCUGGGUGACCCGGGAGGCCCAGAGCAUGACUCGUCUUUCCCUUGGGCAGGCUCCGGUGGCCUCGACGCGGAAAGCCCAGCUCAGAUGGAGCGAGGGGACAGGCUGCGUGUGGGCGAUCGCAGGGAGAGGAGAGAGAGGGGAACGCCUGACGCCUAUGGCACAGGUUCUGCUGACCUCAAACCCCAGGUGUUUAUUAAAAUGGAGCAGGAAGAGGAGCCGUGCACGGGGGGGCCCCCAGAGCAGAGAGAGAGAGGAAUUCUCCAUGCCCCUGGCACAGGUGCAGGCUGGCCUGACGUGAAGCAUGAGAUUGUGGUGAAAGUGGAGCCAGAUGACGAGUCAUAUGUGGGCUAUACCCAAGGCCUGGGGGACCGAGACCUCCCCGGCUACCCCAGCACUGGUAUCAAAGCAGAGAUCGUGGUCAAAACGGAGCCCGAGGACAAUGCCUACGGCGAAUGUGCCCAGCAUUACGGUGAAGGAGACGGUCCCAACGACCCCUUCUGUGACGCAAACCCAGAGAUUAUCGUGAAAGUGGAGCCAGACGAUGAGUCGGCCAUUGGCUAUCCCCGGGGCCUGAGCGAAGGCAGAAUUCCCGGCUACCCCAGCCCAGGGUUGAUCAACGAGACGCGCCGAGUGCUGCGAUUACGGAAAAGUGUGACGCGAGAUGCAACAUUUAAGAUAUCACAAACAGAUCAUAACAAGAAACAUUUGGAUGUGGUAGCAGCACAGGAAGAUUUGGCCAAGGCUUCAACAAAAAAAUCAAGUCUGUCCCCCAUGAUUGAUAGCCGAUUUACGGAAAAGGAUCUCAACGACGUCUUUACUUUUGAAUUUGAAAAGUCCAAAUUUGGGCUUUUGGGAAAAGCCAAGAAGAAAUCGGCAACAUGCAAGGUGGAAAAGGAAGUGAAUGGAGAGCUCAAAACAUGUAGCUUCAAGACAAGUGAAGCAAGUGCCGUGAAAAGUUUCAACCUUUGGCGACAUGUAAAACGUAACCAUCCUGAAAAGUAUGCGGCUCUGGUUACAAAAAAGGAUCAGGAAGAUGAAGCAAAACCAAAAGCUGACGCGGCUAAACGACGUUCAUCUGGCUCUUUGAAAACUCCUGGAGAAAAUAUUUUUUGCAGAGCUUCAUCCAAAAAGAAACCCAGAAUUGAGCAAACAAAACUUGCCUCAUAUUUGAAGUCCUCAAAUGUUACAGUCACCAUGGAUGCCAAUACUUUCCGUGAAGGGCUGAUGGAAAUGGUUUGCUUGAGUUCAACACCGCUCACUACUUUCGGGUUAAAGAACAAAGGAUUCCAAAAAAUUGCAGGUGAAAUGGGUCGGCAGCUUGGCGUUUCGAUGGGGCAUGAUGCGGUUCGUCAUUUAGUUAUCAGCACAGCUGAGUCUGGCCGCAAAGAGCUCAAGAAAGCUUUGGAGCAAAAAUUGUGCUACCUGAAAAUGGAUGCGGCAACCCGUGGAAACAGAAAUUUCCUUGCAAUCAAUGCUCAGUACUAUGAGGAAGGCAAAGAUAAAGCUGUGAUAAAAACUCUGGACAUAAUCGACACUGAAGGGCGUCACAAUUCUUCGUACGUGAAAGCUCAAGUAAAAGCUAUUUUAGAAAAAUUUGGAAUCAGUGAAAUGCAAGUGCUGAGCAUCUGCGUUGACAAUGCAGCAAACAUGAUGUGUGCUGUCAAAAAUGUCAGCGAGGUCAAUGAAACCAUUUCUACCUCUGAGAACAGGGAUGUGGACAGAACUGAAGCUAUUUUGCCUGAUGAAGGAACUAAAGGAAUUGAUGAAAUUGAACUCAAUGUGGAUGCUGCUGCGCAAUGGGCUAAUGACCCUACUCUCAUACUUCCAACAUGGCUUCAUGAGGACGACUCAAAAGUCCAGCUGAUGAGGUGUGGUAUUCACACUCUUCAGUUGGCAAUCUGGGAUGGACUGAACAAAGAACAUGCGAAGAAAUUUCUGGCAAAAAUUCGACAAGUCGUUCUCAAACUACGAACCCCAAGUAUUCAAAGUGUUCUGCUUGAUCUACAUGGGAUAACUCAGUCAUUGGAUACUGUGACUCGCUGGGGUUCCACAUUUGCGAUGAUUGAUCAGCUUCUUGUUUUUCAAUCUUACUGUGAACAAGUGGCUGCUGCUGGAACAAGAGAACUCAAGUUAACAAAAGCUGAAUGGGAUGAAGUGAAGAACCUGCGAGACCUCUUGGCAAAGCCAAACCAAACAACCGUGAAUCUUCAAGCUGUCGAUGUAACUCCAGGAGUUUUAAUGAAGGAAUGGCGAAAACUGUCAAAAUUCUUGCAAGAAAAUGGUGGACAAAUCGCAGAAGGAAUUCUAUCCUCCAUGCAGAAACACGAAGAGAAGCUUUUUGACAAUAUUCAUUUCCUUGCUGGAGUUUAUGUUGACCCACGGUAUCGGAUUCUUCUUACCUCAAGGGAAAUACCAAAGGCAAAGGAAGGGCUCCUUGAUAUUGCUCGACGACUCGAAAAACAAAAUCUAUUGCUACAUUUGAACUCGGCGAAAGAGGUUGAAGAAAACAACACACAACAAAAGGAGUCAUCAACAAUCAAAUUUGCGGUUUCAGAAUGUUCACAUCUUUCAGAAAUAGGCUGUUCUCAAACUUCUGUCUCCACUCUGAACUUAUUUGAGCGUCCAUCCCUGAGACGUCUUCAGCCAUCAUGGGGAAAUGGCGAUAAUUCAAGCAUCAAUUCUUCAGAAGAUGACGACUUUGAAAAGGAAUUGGAUAAACAAGAAAGACGCCGGCGAGUUUCUGCAAUUCAUAAUUGUAAUGAAGCAUUAUUUGAGAGAAACUUUCGGGAUGAUUGUGAGGCAAUGGAGUCUAUUGGUAGGCUAAAAGUUAAGUCUGUUUUUGAGGCCAUUCACAGCUACCCACACCGCAUUCAGGCUGCCUGUAGAAUUGCUUCGAGCAUGCCAACAACUCAAGCUAGCGUAGAGCGACUGUUUUCGGCUUUAAAGUUAAUUUUAAAUGAUUUGCGGCAGACUAUGAAAGACGACUUGAUUGCUGCAAUAAUUUUUUACAGAAUGAAUUAUGAAUGAUUCUAGUUUAUUUCAUUGUUGAUGACAUUUAAAUUGUUUUCAAAGUCUGAAUAUAAAUAGUUUUUUUCCAAAAUUACAGUAUGAACUUUUUUAUUUAGUUAAUAAUUCAUUUGAGUCAGAGCACGGAGCGAGUCGGAGUGGAGCUGGAGCAGUCACUAUUGGUGCCGGAGCGGAGCUGGAGCAGAGAAAUUCAAAAAUUGGAUUGCUCCAAAUCCCUGAUUUGAAUCAAGGAGAGCUUGACAGAAAUCAAAAAUUAAUUAAUCUAGUAAAUUAGAAAUGUAUUCACCAAUUUCUAAUAAAAAUGUAAAAUGUAAGAAUCUGAAUAAAUGUAAAUCAAGCUUUAUAAUAACUGCUUCAAUAAACGUGUGCAGACAUAGUGUAGCAAAAAGCAGCACAAAUUUAGUGUCAGGGCCACAUUUAGUUGGAAAUCAGCACGUUACCAACCAGUGAGACUCAACCUUUCUUUAGGGAAAGGACUAAAAAGGACAAUGCAAGAGGGCUAAGUUGGUGGUUUAUGCUGAGGAUUGAAAUCAAGGCUUACUAUCUGCUGAUUUCAUAGAUUAUUAGGGUUGGAAGGGACCUCAGGAGGUAUCUAGUCCAACCCCCUGCUCAAAGCAGGGUCAAUCCCUAAAUGACCCCCUCAAGGAUUGAACUCACAACCAGGGCCGGCGCUUCCAUUAGACGACUCUAGGCAGUCGCCUAUGGUGCCAGGAUUUGGGGGGUGGCAUUUUGUGAG